GGUAUAAGUGUCGUGCCACCCCACAGAACAGAUGAUCUGAAAAUAGGUUCCACGCGACGGCCGGUCGCCUUUCGUGUCAUAUCAACAGUACAGUUCGGGCCGCGACGCAGCGUACAUUGCCCACGAUGCGGACUCUCGCCGUGCUACUCGUCGCGAUCUUCGCCGCCAAUGUUCAAUCCGCACGCAUUCUCGGACUUUUUCCGCACACUGGAAAAAGCCACCAAAUGGUAUUUGAUCCUCUUCUAAAAACUUUAGCAGAAAGAGGACAUGAUGUGACUGUAGUGUCGUUCUUCCCCAUCAAGAAUCCUCCCGCAAAUUACACCAUCGUCAGUUUAGAAGGGCUCGCUGCACAGGGAGUGGAGACCAUCGACCUGUCGUACUUCGACAGCCAAAGCAAACUGCUCCAUGAUCUUGGCAUUGAAAAGGUUAUCAAACAAAUCUUCGAUUUCCAACCGCUGGCGGACAUGGCCACUGGGAUUUGUUCGAACAUUGUGGAUUUCGUGCCCCUAGCUAAUGCAAUGAAGAAAAGUUACGAUGUUAUUCUUGUGGAAAAUUUCAACAGUGAUUGCAUGCUCGGUCUUAUGCAUGUGUACGGGUUGAAGGCGCCUUACAUAUCGUUGUCUUCGAGUGCAAUUAUGCAGUGGUCAUCGGACCGUAUAGGCGUUACUGAUAACCCGUCUUACGUGCCGCUCGUAAGUUCCGAGUUCACAUCUCAGAUGACCUUCCUGCAACGAUUGGAGAAUACUUUGAUGAAUGUGUACUAUAAGAUAUGGUUCCGAUACGCGAUACAAAUGAAGGAGAAGGCGAUUAUAGAGAAGCGUUUCGGUAGGAGAAUUCCAGACCUGCAGGAGAUUGCGAAGAAUGUGAGCUUGAUGCUGGUGAACACGUUCCACAGUUUGAAUGGUGUCCGUCCUCUACUGCCGGGUGUGGUUGAAGUUGGGGGGAUGCACUUGGACCACAGCAGGAAAGCGAUACCGCACUACAUCGAGCGCUUUUUGAACGAGUCUGAACAUGGCGUCGUGCUAUUCAGCUGGGGAUCACUGAUCAAGACAGCGACUAUUCCAAAGUACAAAGAGGAGAUCAUUAUGAACGCCCUUUCGAAGUUAAAGCAACGGGUCAUCUGGAAAUAUGAGGACAGCGACGAGGAAGGCACGCUGACCGGCAAUAUUUUGAAAGUGAAAUGGUUACCACAGUAUGAAUUGCUACAACACGAAAAGGUGAUCGCCUUCAUUGCUCACGGCGGUCUUCUGGGUAUGACGGAGGCUAUAUCUGCUGGGAAACCGAUGCUCAUCGUGCCCUUCUAUGGAGACCAGAUGGUCAACGGCGCAGCAGCUACCACCAUAGGCCUUGGGAAGGCUAUAUCUUAUGCUGACAUGUCGGAGAAAUCCUUGCUCGAAGGAUUGCAGAGUGUGCUGAGCCCUGAAAUGCGGAUGAGCGCGCGACGGGCGUCGAAGAUCUGGCAAGACAGGAUAGCAGAUCCUUUGGACACAGCUGUAUACUGGGUCGAGAGGGUCAUACGAUGGGGGCACCAGGAUCCCUUGCACUCCACCUCCAGGGAUAUGGGCUUCAUAGAAUAUAACUUACUAGAUGUAGCAGCUGUGAUCUUACUUAGUUUCGUAUUUUUAAUUCUAAUUCUAAGGAUAGUAUUAAACCAAAUUCUACGGCUUUUCGGAGCCAGUACGAGUAAGAAGGAGAAGUUGCAUUAGGUGCCUGAUAUAGUGCUAGGUAUUUGGCUCGGUUUCAAGUGCAAUGAAACGAGUCUAUGUAUGGAACCGACCUCGGUUUCUCAGGAAAUGCACUAUUUCUAAGAACUAGCUCAAUGUAAAAUUUAUUUUUAUGUACCUAGAUAAUUUUUUCUUACAAAGUUCCUCUGUUAAAAUGUAUCUAUGGAUGUGCUUAGGAAUUACUGUGCCUACGUAGAAAGUAGAGUGAUUACAUAGUUCAAUAUAUCAUGGGGAUUAAACGAUCCGGUUUAUAACUCAUUGAGUUCAAUAAGUAACUGUACCAUUAGUGGUCUUGAUUAAACUCAGCACUAAUUUAUUUUUAGUACCCUUAGUACGAGUUUGCUUUAUGCCUGCUGGUAUAAACCAACCAAUCAGAGCGCUCAACGUGUUCUAGUUUCGAUUACUUUGAGCAUAAGUAUAGCAAACUUGUACUAAGGGUACUAACAAUAAAUUAGUGCUGAGUUUAAUCAGGACCAGUGUUCAAUCAUCCCGAAAUCGUGAUAUUACUAUUAAAGUCAAUCGUAAAAUGCGCAGCACAUAGUAGGUAUGUUACAAAUACUUAAACCAAAUAAAACUGAUAAAUAACUUUUUAUAAAUAAAUACCAAGAUAUAACUAUUUAUUUAUACCAACAAAUAGUGAAACUAAACUUAAUGAGCCCAAAACCCUACAUAAUUAACAAAAUAUUGUGAAUUAACAAAAAAAUAGAUUUAGUAUAUAUGUAGUUACCUAAGUAGUAAAAAUAUAAUGCAAGUGCAGGCACUAGCCUUGGUUUACUACAGCUUAUAAAUUAUCGAAAAUGUCAAUGUUAAAAAUAAAUCAAGUACCUAUGUAGCCGAUAUUAUGCAUUCAAUUUAAAAUAGGUAGGUAAGUAAUUCUAUGUGAGCUGUGACAGUCAGCAGGGUUUAGAAUCUAGUUUUAAUAUUCAAGUACCAACUAAUUUUCAAUUUUAUCGAUUUAUUAUUUAUUGUUCUAUAGAUAAUAUUUUGUGACAUUCAUCGUUCACCGGAAACACAUUUUUAUUUUUUAUAUUUCGCCCCACAAAACAAAGUUGUUGCGUGCUGUAAAUUUGGUUUUCGAAUUGAAGGCUCCGGAAUAUUAAUAAAUAUGUAAUACAUUAUGUACGGACAAUAAAACAUACUUUAUAUUAUACAUUUAA